UACAGAGUCCCUGCGCGAGAAGAAGACCACGUCGUAGUUAUCCACGGCCGAGUUUGAGAACUUUUUGUGACUCUUUUUUAUGACUUUUUAAUGCUCCGUGGAAAAAGAAAAAAAAAACAAAAAAAAAAAACGGGCAAGAAACGUGGGAGCUGGAGCAGCGACAGGACUGAGUUUGCGACUUUUUUUGUUCUGAAAUUUGCGCUCGUAUGAUUCACGAGUCCGUCUCGCGGGUUAGUUUUUUUCCAUGGGAACUUAUUUAAAAGAAAUAUGAGGAUUAUGUAUCUGCUUUGAGGCUGAACGCCGUCGAGCAAAGAGGAGUUUUUACAGCGGGGAGCAGAAAACGGCAUGUAGCACAGGACCGAGGCACCCGUUCAUCCUCCUCCUCCUCAUCGUCCUCCUCCUCCUCUCCGGACAUCUUUGGGAAUGGGCCAGCGCCUUGCCAGGGUGCAUCUUUCCACCCGGUGGCGUGGCUGGCGUCGUGCGAGAGUGAGGAGGGCAUCGGCCAGGUCAUAGAGCCCGCCCACCCCUCUCUCCGCUUGCUUGCUCCCAAGUGACUUUUGACCUUUGACCCAGUCGUGACCUCCAGCCAGCCAUGCCCUUCCGGCUGAAGUUGCGGCGCACACGGCGCUACAACGUCCUGAGCAAGAACUACUUUGUGACACGGAUUCGCCUGCUGGACAGCACUGUGAUUGAAUGCACUCUGUCCGUGGAGAGUACGGGACAGGAAUGUCUGGAGGCGGUGGCCCAAAGGCUGGAGCUACGGGAGACCCAUUACUUCGGGCUGUGGUUCCAGGGAAAGACCCAGGCCCCGGCCCAUCGCUGGGUGGAGCUGGAGAAACCGCUCAAGAAGCAGCUGGACAAAUUUGGCAAUGAGCCACUGCUCUUCUUUGGAGUUAUGUUCUACGUGCCCAGUGUUUCCCGGCUGGAGCAAGAAGCCACCAGGUAUCAGUAUUACCUGCAGGUGAAGAAGGUGGUUUUGGAUGGACGUCUCCACUGCACAGUCGAGCAGGGGAUCAGACUAGCUGGCCUAGCAGUACAAGCUGACUUUGGAGACUUCACUCAUUUCAUGUCUCAGGACUUCCUCAGGGAGUACGUGCUCUUCCCAGUGAACUGGCCUAAUGGAGACGAGGUAUUGGAGGAGUGGACCCAGAAAGUCGCUGAGGAGCACAAGAGUCACUGUCGAAUGCAGACCGCUGAAGCAGAGCUGCUGUACAUCAAGGAGGUGGAGAAACUGGAUGGCUUUGGGCAGGAGAGCUUUCCUGCUAAGGACAACUACACCAAUGAUAUUUUCAUCGGCGUGUCCUUCAUUGGGGUGUUUGUCAAACACAGAAAUGGAAGAUCCAUCAUGCACCACAAGUGGAAGGACAUUGGCACCAUAGCGCACAACAAGUCAGCCAUCACAGUAGAGAUAACAAGCAGAGACGACACCAUCAUUUUUCACAUGGAGGAUAUGGAAAUGGCAAAGUACAUCACUCGUCUUUUCACGGCCAGACACAAAUUCUACAAACAGAACAAGAUCUGUGCAGAGCCCACUCACUCACCUGCACCAAUCAGGAGGAGACCCACCUGGAACAAUCGUCUAUCUCUGCCGCGGCCCCAGUCCUGUAACUUCCAGUCAAUGCAUUCCCAGUAUGGAGAGCAUUAUCAGGACACACAGAGCUCUCAAGACAGUAUCUUCCAUGACGACCUCUACUACAAGUCAGAGACCAGUCUGGACCGCUGCCCGGUGGACUUCCCCUUCCGUAACGGUACUGUGCCCAACGGGAGCAUGUACAGCAGCCCCAGCCUGAGCUCCCUCAAUCAUUCCCAGACUUUCAUCCCGCCCUCACCCAUGUCCUCCAACCUCAGCAUCCCCGGCAGCGAGCUCAUGCGCCCGGACUACAUCCCCAGCCACCGCCACAGCGCCAUCAUUGCUCCGUCCUACCGGCCCACGCCUGAGUACGAUGCGGUCAUGCGGCAGAAGCGGCGCAUGCUCCCCGCUCACCAUGACCUCCACAGCCAAUCGCUGCGCAGUCUGAACAUCAGUAAUGCGUGCGCUUACCGCCAGCCCGAGGCUCUGGUGUACAGCCAGCCAGAGAUGAGGGAGAGGGGGCCUUAUCACGGCCUGGGGCCCAGCCCGGGACCUUAUGCACCACAGAUCAGCUACAGUAAGCCAGUGUCCCAUGGGCCCCAUCAGGGAGGACCUGCCAGCAGCCAGGGCCCCUGCCAUUCACCCUGCAUUAAUGGAGGUGGAGGCAGUGGUGGAGGUGGAGGGGUAGGAAGCUCCAUCUCUCACACAGUCAGCACACCUGAGCUGGCCAAUACCAAACAACAGGGAAACAAUGCGGGAAGCUACGCCGCUACAGCUAAUAUGCUGAGGAACCACAUGUCGCGCCCUCCUCCACCUUACCCUUCCAGCUCCUUCCGCCCGGCCACCAGCACCCCGGACCUGGCCAGCCACCGUCACCGCUGCAUCGGGGGCAGCAGUCCAGAGCUGGUGACCCGCAUGGUGCAGCUGUCCGUCAAGACCUUCCAGCCGGACAGCUCGGCCGUGGUUCACCAGUCCCUGCAGGAGGUCAGUGAACCUUUAACUGCAGCUGCUAAGCACCGCUCCACCCUGGGGAAGAGACACAGCAUGGAGGUGAUCAGCAGCAUGAGAGGAGGUGGAGGAGGAGGGAUGGAGGGCAUUGUGAUGAAGAGCAUUAAUGCUCCUCUUCAUCGGAGGAAUACUCUCAGAGAACAUGUGAUGCCCCCUCAGCCUCAGUCCAUCCCUCAGCCCCAAACCCCUCAGCCUCAGCCCCAGCCUCCACCACAGCCUCCUCCUCCACCUCAGCAGCCGCAGGAGUUGCCCAUGCAGAUGCCUGCCCAGAAAGCAUCUGAGGCACCUCCUGGGGUGGUGGCCUACCAGCAUCAAAAGACUCUCUCCAAUGCUACCAUGCUCAUACACAGCAGUGAGAGUGAAGAAGAGGAGGAGGAGGAGGAGGAGAGACCUGAGUUGGAUGUUCAGAUCCCAGGUCUCAACGAGGACAUCAGCAUCAGCGCUCAGCUCCAGGCUGCUCUGGCCAAGCUGCCCAACAAACCCCCUCCAGAAUACCCCGGUCCUCCUAGACCCCCGAGCAAUGCUCAAAUCCGCACCCACAAUCACAACCACACUCACCACCACAACCAUAAUCAAGGACCACAGAGCAACCAGGGACAAAUGGACCCAAACCAAGCCCAGGGCAGAGCGCUCAAAGCUGGGCAGAGCCCAGGUGGUGGCGGACCUGGAGGUGGUGGUGGUGGUGGUAGUGGUGGUGCUGGUGCUGGUGGGACACUGACCCGAGGGGACCAGGGUGGGGUGAAUGGGGCGGUUUUAGGUCCAUCCAUUUCAGAACCGGACCUGACCAGUGUGAAGGAGCGGGUGAGGAAGGAGCCGGUCAAAGAGAGACCGGUGUCAGAGAUGUUCUCCUUAGAAGACAGCAUAGUGGAGAGAGAAAUCGCUCAGAGGACGCUGGAAAGACAGAAGAUGUCCGUGGACUCCAUGAAGAGGCCGCUGAUGAUGGCCGCCCUCAACGGCCUCUACGUGGCCCGAAUGCCUGUCCCCGAGAGUCCCGCGGAGGAAGGAGCCAAGUCUGCUACGGACGAGCGGUGUAAGACCUUGGAGUUGAAGCUGGAAGAGGAGCGGGUCUUCACUGAGUAUGAGCAGGUGCCCAAGAAGAGGACGGACUGUGUCCUCACCACGGCAACUCUGCCGGAAAACACAGAGCGCAACCGUUUCCGUGAUGUCGUCCCGUACGAAGAGAACCGGGUCGAGCUUGUGCCAAACAAGGAGAACAACACGGGCUACAUCAAUGCCUCGCAUAUCAAGGUGAUGAUCAGAGGGGAGGAGUGGCACUACAUUGCCACCCAGGGCCCGCUAGCCAACACCUGUGCCGACUUCUGGCAGAUGGUCUGGGAGCAGGGGGUCAACGUAAUCGCCAUGGUUACUGCCGAGGAGGAGGGUGGCAGGUCCAAGAGUCACCGCUACUGGCCCAAACUGGGCUCCAAACACAACUCCGCCACUCACGGCAAGUUCAAGGUGACCACUAAAUUCCGCACCGACUCAGGCUGCUACGCCACCACGGGGUUAAAGGUCAAACACCUGCUGUCUGGCCAGGAGAGGACUGUCUGGCACCUGCAGUACACUGACUGGCCUGAGCAGGGCUGUCCCGAAUAUGUCCAGGGAUUCCUCGCCUACCUGGAGGAGAUCCAGUCCGUAAGAAGACACACCAACUCCAUGCUGGACACCUCAAAGAGCCUCAACCCCCCUGUGGUGGUCCACUGUAGUGCCGGGGUGGGUCGCACCGGAGUGGUCAUCCUCACUGAGCUCAUGAUCAGCUGCCUGGAGCACAAUGAGCCUGUGGAGGUUCCCACCAUGUUGUCAGGCCUGAGGCAGCAGAGGAUGCUGAUGGUGCAGACCAUUUCCCAGUACAAGUUCGUCUAUCAGGUCCUCAUCCAGUUCCUCAAAAACUCCCGCCUCAUCUGAGCCGGGGAUCCUGACCUCUGACCUUACAUGACGUGGCGGAAUAGCACCAGAUAACAUCAUCAGUACUUCAAAUUAGCACGAGGACUGUACAACAGAUGAGUGAUAGCUGGUCGGAAGCAGAAACAGAGAUUCAUGUUGAGUUUUAUAUGUGGCAGUUUGUGGAAAUUCUAGUGGAUUUUCAUACAAACUCACCUCAAGGGAGGAAAUGAUGCGUGUAGGCCUGUAUAGAAAUUGACCAUUUCUCCUAAUCAGUUUAUGACCUUUUUCCCCCUAACACACAGACUUGGUGGCAAAUACGUUUGUGUGUUUGUCUCUGUGUGUUUUUGAGAUUUCCCCAACAAAUAUCUUGAGAAAUCUAAUCUCAGUUUAGUUUGGAUAGACCGCCUGCCUGCUACAUUUCUCAUUCAUUAUUCAGCCAUUAUUAGAAAAUGGCACUACGCUGCACGACCAGUAGGUGGCAGCAGUAUUAUUACUAUUCUCUAUACUCCGGAAGAGUUUGCCAAACAAAAGUAUUCUUUAAAUCACUAAAAUGUUCCUUUGAUGUUUAACAGAGUAUUGAUUAAUACAGCAAAUAUUUACUUCAACAUUGUAACAAAUGUUUUUAUUUAUUUCUUAUCAAAGUUGUGGUCACCUCUGCCAGUGAACGGAGCAUUGACAAGCAUGUUGAUCCUUGCCCUGUCAGGUUUUACUUUUCCUCUUUGAGCUUGUCUUAAUUUCACUAUAUUUUUCAGAAAGCCUUUUUUUUUCAUGUCAAAAGGAUCACUGACAUUUCCCUUGAUACAUUUCUGUUAAGAUCCUCCUCCACUUGCAAACAUGCACACACACAAAGUGCAUUUUACUUUAAAACGCUCCUUGCGAUGCAAUGUGUCACAUUUCCUACCUAAAAGCAUUUCAAAAGUCUAAAAGUGUUUGUCCAAUGAAUUUGAGGUCAUUUAUAAGUAACAUUUCACAGUUGGCAGUCAAUAGUGUCUUUAUACAGCAAAUACUGUAACAUUGUGCCUUAAUAAAACCCUAUUUAGGUUGCUGGAUGGGUUAAGUAAACUAUUUUUAUUUUUUUUUACCUCCAAAGAUUAAAUCUUUAAAUCGGUAUUAAAUAGGUUGGGUUUUCAUGUCAGUUACCUAACUCUUAGGUAAGGAUUUGGCAGUAGAAGAAUACUAAUGUCUUGGUUUAUUUUUGAAGGAUAAAAGUAUGACAAUGACACUGACCUUGCCAAAAAAACCCCUCAAAAGCAGUCGUUAGUCUUAAUCUGAUCCAAACCCAGUAGAUUACUAUGUUGCCAUGUUCCUGGAUCCUGUUUAUAAAAUCACACUCUGAAGAAUUCCUUUUUUCUUGUUACAUAUAAUAUUCUUUUUUUUUUUUCCUGAAUCGUGAUGCAAAGCCAGCCAUGUCCAAAGUAACUUUGUACAUAAUGGGCAUGUGAGAAAAGAUUUUAUAGAGUUUCUUUUUUUUUUGACUUGGUACCCUAAAAAUACCGUAACAUAAUAAACUAUGCAUGCAUUUUUAUAUUUCAAUGUAUAUAUUCUCAAAUAAGUAUAAGCUUUAUGCUCUCUUGACAUAUAAGUGUUUUGUUGCACUUCUGUUCUUUUUGACAGUAUUUCCUCACACGGCAUUCCACUGUUUGUUUAUAUUUAAUUUUUCCCCUUAACUUUUUUUUUGUGGCAAAACUCCCAAAUACCCUUUCAAAGUAUGUGUACAUAUGUUUUGUAUAUGCGUUUUCAGUGCAUCAAGCUUUUUGUUUUUCUCUCCCCAGACAUGUAUGAAGCUGUCAUACUUGCUUAUUAUGCAAUAAAGCCUUAUUUUCUUUAA